UCUUGGCAUUUGGUUGUACGUGGUUGUGUUCACCACUGAUCUUGGAAUGGGGACGUUUGUCCCCCCUCACUUGACUUCUGAAUUCCUUCAGAAUCUGGGCAUUGACCCCGGAGGGCACAGACCCAUAACUCGGUCCAUCUCACCCUAUGUGCUACAGCUUUUUCUUCAGAUGGAAGAAAAACAAGAUGAUCUGCGUAUGUAUUCAGACCGCGAUCCAAAGGUGCAGUUUUAUGAUCCGGAGUCUCAAACCUCUGAUGGUCUCAUUGAAUUUGAUUUAUCGAGAGCGCCAAUUAACGGAAACGUGACCAAAAUAGAGCUCGCCUUCACGGGACACACUCAUCGGCUGUUCUCUAUCCAAAUUACAUCGCCAUAUCGUCCAGGGAUCAGGGUGAAUUCCUUUCAUACAGGACAAGGACACGUGGCUGACGUCACAAUUCUGGCUAUAGAUCAGGUGUUAAAUACAACAUUAGAACUGUUUGUCUCCAUCAGUAAAUCAACUCACCAGAUAAGACAUCUUAAUCCGAUUUUGGCGAUUUUUCUGGAUAUAAAUGUCUCUUUAUUGCACAGAGAUCGGCGGAAGCGAUUUGUGCCUAGUAAUGGAAAUUCUACAAUAAAUAUGGAAACAGCUGAAUCGCGAAAAUACUGUCGUUUGAAGGAGUGGACAGUAGACUUUAGGGAUAUGGGAUGGUACGAAAAAUUUAUUCUGCAUCCAAUAACAUAUCGAGCGAACAUCUGUGCUGGAAAUUGCCCGGUGGCUCCAAUGGAUUCCUAUUUCAACGCCACAAACCAUGUACUCAUAAAGUAUGUCCUGGAGAAGAGACUGUGUUGUUCCCCAAUAGAAUACAUGUCACAGACUUUAAUAUUCGUGAGAAACAGCAUGACGGUCGUGCAGACGGUUAGAGGGAUGUCGGUGUCACGUUGUGGCUGUCGUUGAACAUCAUUCAACUGUCCGAGUCGAGCAUGUAAUACAUAUAGGAUCUCCCAUGGUUUGUUCUUUUAUGGACAUUGCGUGUUGCUGGGUAUGUCUAGCUAAAUAAAAUGGAUUAUCGGGUUUUGAAAAAUCA